AUGUAUGUGACUUCACUUGGCUUAAGUCAUCGUACCCAAACUGGCAAGUUCAUAUGCAAACGAUGUGGUGAAACUGUGGCCCAAGCUGAAGAUCUUGUUUCCAUUCCAAGUAAACUUGCACUUCAAAGGUGGAACAAAACAAUUUUAGGAAAGCCACAUAUAACUACACAAAAAUUUGAAAAUCCACAAGGUGCUCAAUUUGAAGUUGUAACUUUUUCUGAAGCCUCUGUAACAUCAAAUGAAGACGCACAUACAGAAGCGACUUGGUUUCCUGGAUAUUCAUGGAGAAUUUCUGCUUGUUCAAGAUGUAAUUUUUUCUUAGGUUGGAAAUAUCAACCAGUGAAUUUUAAUCACAUGACAUUCACAGAAAAUGAUAAAUUUUACGGACUUAUUAUGGAUCAUAUUAUUCAAGAUAUUGAUUCUGAUUCUCUGGUCAUUAUUCAGCAUCCGAAUGCAAGAUGA